UGCCUGCCGAAAUCUGCAGGCUCUGUCCUAAGAACAGGCUUUCCCCAAACACUCUCGCUGGUUCUGACAUGAGUUCUGACUGCUUGCUGAGUUCUCCUGCUGGCGGCCAGGAGCCGAUACCCAGAGAGCCCUGAGGAGUAGCUACUCAGCCGCCGACACCCAGGGCCACCAUGAACUGGGGGGUCUUCGAGGGGCUCCUGAGCGGAGCCAACAAGUACUCCACAGCCUUCGGGCGCGUCUGGCUGUCCCUGGUGUUCAUCUUCCGUGUGCUGGUGUACGUGGUGGCCGCGGAGCGCGUGUGGGGGGACGACCACAAGGACUUCGACUGCGACACCCGCCAGCCGGGCUGCUCCAACGUGUGCUUCGACGCAUUCUUCCCCGUGUCCCACGUGCGCCUCUGGGCCCUGCAGCUCAUCCUGGUCACGUGCCCCUCGCUGCUCGUGGUCAUGCACGUGGCCUACCGUGAGGCCCAGGAGAAGAAGCACCGAGAGGCAGCGGGGAAGGACGGCAGGCGCCUCUACCCGGACCCCGGCAAGAAGCGGGGCGGGCUCUGGUGGACGUAUGUCUGCAGCCUGGUGUUCAAGGCUGGUGUGGAUGCCACCUUCCUCUACGUGUUCCACUCGAUCUACCCCAGAUACACCCUCCCUCGCGUGGUCAAGUGCCACGUGGCUCCGUGUCCCAACGCGGUGGACUGCUACAUCUCCAAGCCCGCGGAGAAGAACAUCUUCACUCUCUUCAUGGUGAUCACGGCCGUCAUUUGCAUCCUGCUUAACCUGGUGGAGCUGGCUUACCUGGUGAGCAAGAGGUGCCGGGAGUGCCUGGCGGCCAGGAAAGCCCAGGCCACGAGCCAGGGCCACCACCUGGACUGGGCCACCUCUUCCUCCAAACAGGACGACCUCCUCUCGGGUGACCUCAUCUUUCUGGGCUCAGACGCUCCCCCUCCUCUCUUAUCAGACCACCCUCGAGACCACGUGAAGAAAACCGUCCUGUGAGGGGCUGCCUGGUCAGGCCUGGGCUGGAAGGACCCGGCAGCCAAGGUGCAGCCUUGGGGGUGGGGGGCGCUGAGCUGCGGGUGGGGGCAGGCAAGAGGGAGGGUCAGAUGACCUGGGUUCAAAUCCCUCUUCCCCAGCUCCUGCCACCUGCCCAGCUGUGCGGCCUCGGGCAAGUGACCCCUCAGGGCUGAGCCUCGGUUUCCUUCUGUGUACAGUGGAGAUGAUGAGGCCCAACCCCCAGGGCUGUCGCUGUGCGGAGGGGUUUAAUAAGAGAACGGAUGUGCCCGUGCCUUCCAUGCGUGGGGCCCGCGAUAAGGGCUCAAUAAAAUUCAGCUCACUCACUGACUCCAGGUGACGUCACAACAUUUGCACUUGGACCCAGGUUCCACUGGGACUCUGGGAGAGUGAGUCAGCUCCUCUCCAAAAUGGGUUAAUGAUACCCAGCGGUGGGGGUGUUGGGAGGCUGGAUGAGCUCACGACUGGGGAUGGGGUUAACCGGCUGUGAAAGGCCACACACAUGUUAAUUGCUGGUAUUAGGAAGUGCUCUACAAAUGCGUGUGUGAAAUGAGGCACAGGAGCCCCUCCCCGGCUGCACAGUAACCUUCACUGUUCCAGGCCCCAGACGCCUCUGCAGACCCCGCUGGGUCACACUCUGAUGUCCCCAGAGACUGAAGCCAGUACAGCAGCAGUCCCCAACUUUUUUGGCACCAGGGACCAGUUUCACGGAAGACAGUUUUUCCACGGACAGGGGUUGGGGCAGGGUUCAGGCAGUAAUGUGAACGACGGAGAGCAGCAGAUGAAGCUUCACUCACUUGCUGGCCGCUCACCUCCUGCUGUUGCUGACAGGCCAUGGACCCGUACUGGUCCGCAGCCCAGGGGUUGGGGACCCCUGCCAUAGAGGACAGAUGGGGAGGCUGUGCCUGGCCUCAUGCCAGCUGGAGCAUUUCCUGCUGUGACCUGUAUUCCUUGUCUCCACCAGGGCAGCAGUGCCCUUAUCCAGGGGAACCAUCGGUGGGCCCUCCCACCCCCGACACAACUCACCGGGAGCCCAAGCUUUAGUCCCCAGAAACGUCCUGCCAGGGUAGGAUGCAAUCCUGGGCUGAGUCAAGGUUGCCCCUUUCCAUAGAU